GCUUGAGCAGCGUCUGAUGUGAAGAUCGGGCUGAAAGAGAAGCCGAGUGUUGAUCUUUCUGUCCGAGCCUAUUGUGGCGAGUGGUGAUAAGAGGCCACCUCGUCGAGGCUGACGGGGAGUUGUCCCCUCACGUGUAGAGAUAAAAUGGUUCCCCGUGUCCCUGACAGAUGGAGCACGCAUGCACAAACGGUGCCAAUGUAACAUCAACUACUUAAUAUACUGUGGGGUUGUUAGAAAAGAAAGAAAAGGAGGUGAAAAACUAAAGCAACUUUAGUUCUCCUGACGAUUCCUGGCACUCCAGGGACAACAUGCAAAGGAAGGAAUAUAUACGUGUGAUUGAAAGUGAAAUGUUUUCCCUGUAACAAGUCAACAGUUGUCUUAUUAAACAAAAGUUGGAGAUGUUGCACUCAUGGCAGGAUGAGGGAUGUGGUUUAGCUGGUGGAAACGUGUCACCAAUCGGCCUACUUAUAAUCUACAACCAGGUUGUGGUGAAAUACGAAAAAUGCCCCUGACAGAGCAACACCCCCCCCUCAUAUGAUCGCGAUUAACUCCGCUGGAAGGAGGAGGCGGUCUGUGUCCUCCUCUAGAAGGUGGGCAGCUGCACAGUCACCCUCUCUGCCACCAUUCGGCCUCAGCUGUGACCAAACCCCGCACCUCUCACCGGGCGUUGUCGUCCUGACUUACUCUUACAUCAACGCGACCGCUUCGAUCGCCGUUUGGACACCUCGGCUCAACUUUUACGCGCGGCAAACAUCUGUGACAUUCCAGCACCGAGAAACGGGACCUGCAGCUCCGAAGCGACGACGCGUGACCUCGUAGGGUUGUUUAUGAAGUAGAGUUUGAGCUGUCUGCAGUCGUCACCAACCAACGUCAUGUUUGCCAAAGCUACGGCCAAAUUCGUCCAUCAGGUUGACCCCGAAGGAAGCCUCAUUCACGUGUCCCGGGUCAAUGACUCAAAGAAACUGGUUCCCAUGGCACUGGUCGUCAAGCGCAACCGCAUCUGGUUCUGGCAGAAACCCAAGUACCAGGCGACGGACCUCACGCUCAACGACUUGCUGCAAGGCGACAAGGUGCUCGCUCCCGACGUGUCCAAGAAGGAAUUCCUGACCUACGAGGGGACGUUUCAAGGGAAGCUCUCCGGGAAUCUGUGCGCGGAGAUUGGGUCGUCCAGCGCCGCUCUGCAGGGGGAGGGCUCCUCCCAGCUCCAGUCGUGCUUCGGCAAACUGAAUAAAGAGGAACUGGACGUGAGGAAGCUGUUGCAAGACUCCAGUGGCAGGCUGGUGGAGAUGCAGAAUCCGCUGAUGCAGCAGCUGGAGAAGCGGGCCGACGUGCUGGCGGUGGUGAAGGAGAGGGUCCUGACCACCAAGUCCUGCUCCAUCACUCAGACGGAGAAGGAGCAGUGCACGUUUCAGGGGAUCCUCGGGCUACUCGGCAUGCUGGGGAGUGUUAAGGUGUUUGCAAAGGACAGUGGCAACAUUGAAGCCGAAAGCGUUGUUUCCUUGGAGAUCCCCUCUGGUACAGUCAUCGCUUACAGCAUCCUGGAGCUGGAGAUUAAGAAAAAUGGGCACUUUGAUAUAUGCCUACAACCCGGCACUAUAGGAGGCAUUGAGGCCGACUCGUUUGUGUCAGACGACCCCUUGGACCCCUUGGACACGGUGGACAGAGGGUGCAACGGGACGGGGGUUCCAGAGAAAGUCGCUACGAGAACACUGCCAAGCGGAUCACAGGAGAUGGACCUCUCUCCUCUGGCAGAGCUGCCCGAGUCCACCCGAUGGUCCUUCUUCAAAAGGCUCCAGGAGGCUCUGGUGGACAGAACCGCUCUGUCUUACAUGCAGUGUGUGCUGGAGGAGUUGUGCGGCGGCGAAACGCUCGACGUGGCCGAGCGCGAAGAGCUGUCGGAGAGUCAGAGGACUCAUGUCCCCGCCCGCCUCAGCGCGGCUCACCUGCUGCUCAGCGCCAUGGAAGAGUUGCCUGACGAAACUCUGAGCCUCCUGAGCGAGAGUCGUCCCGAUUUUCUGGAGGCCUUGGACACACUGAUGUGCAGGCUGAAGGGCAGCGAGCCCGUCUCCAUCCAGCGUCUCCCGCUCCAUCUGCAAGACAACCCGGCCUUCGAGCUGGCAGAGCAGCUGCUCGGCUCCACCGAGGUGACGCUGAGGAGGGACGGCCACAGGCUGUGGACGGAGACAGCAAAUGAAGUGCUCCAGUUGGUCCUCUGUCUCAGCAUACAUGGAUUGUCCCUGCUGUGCAAAGGGCUAAAGUAGUGGUGGUGUUAGCAAGAGCACUUUUUUUUCCUAUAUUUGUACCCCAAUUUCUUUCUCUAAUGUGACGUUUAUUAUUUAUAAGGAUAACAUGUCGUUGCUAUCAUCAUCAUAAUGGAUUUUUCCUCACAUUUUUUGAUAUAUCACAUUAUAUAUAUGCUUUUCUUCCUUUAUAUUUCUAUGACUAAGCAAGCAUAUUUUGUAUAAAACAUUAAAUAUUUACACUUUAUCUAAAAAAUAUAUAUACUAUAUAGAUUAAUCUUUUUUAGCUUGUGAGCACCUUACAUAAUUCUAUCCAGCAAAGCUGUAAUCAACUAAUUCUUUUUUAUGAAUCCAGUUUUUAUUUAUUUAUAAAUAUCCUUGCUCACUUUGCAAAUGUUACUUGUUAAGAAAUGGGCUGGGCACAUUUAAGUGAUCAUUCUGAAAUGCAUGGUGGUUAAGCUGAAAACUAUUUGUAUUUCUUAGCUCAGGAAAUAUCGAAAUGUGGUUUAUUUUACGUUUAACAGAAAUGUUGAAUGUUACGCAUGUUGACGGUACACUAAAUGAUAACGUUGUUCCAUUAAUGCAGUAUGCUGGAAACUGUGUUGCAUGAAUCUUCUUGAUACAAUUUUAAAUGAAGAAGCAUUGCUAUACAACAAGUGAUUGCUAUUGGAGUACUUUAAUUAUCAAGAUAGUUAUAUUUUUUACAUUCUCUGAAAUACUGGUACAAAAAGCUACAGUAGGCUACAUUAAGUGAAGUGUAUUUGUUAUUAUGAAGUUUAGUGAAGCUCCUAUUGCCAUAGUUUUACUGCCACUAUUUGUCCAUCAUCAUUCUAAUUUAUUUUCAAUAUAUUAAUACAUUUUUAAAUCUUUGCAUGUCACCCUAUUAAAGUGUAUCCUUUAGUCUUCCAGAAAUAGCAAAUAUAUUGGUGAAGAAAUGUGUUACAAAUUGCAUUCAUUCUUUCUUUGAAAAUGUUUAUUUGACGUUAUGCUCUGUCAAAAAGCUGUAAACAACAAUACACAAUAAAACUUUGUAUGUGUAUGCAUUUAAAAAUAUUUGCUUGUUUUAGGAGCAACAUUGCCAAGAGUAAGACGACGAGCAUGUGUCUGAUGUUAUAAUUUAAUAUGAAUUAAAUUAAUAGUCACAAUAUCAGGUUUAAAUCCAAACCAGAAGUACCAUACUGAUUUCCUCACACCCAUGUGAGUAUGCAGUGUUUACCCGGACAGGUUUUUUUUCUCAUGGAUGAUUAGAUGAUGAUUGUUUGUGUUCACUGACCAUUAAAGAUGUCUUCCUGCUGCACCUU